AUGGCGGCGGCGGCGGGCGGGGAGCCGCGGGCGGGGGGUGGUGCGGGCACCCGGGGCCGGGCCGCGCUCUCCUGGACCGGCUGCUGCCUGCAGGCGCUGCUCUGGCUGCUGGCGGUGAGCGGCGAGGAGCGGCCCUUCAUCGUGGAGAAUUGGUUGAAGACGUACGGGUAUUUCCUGCCCGAUGAGCUGCGUACCUCGGCGCUGCGCUCGGCGCAUUCCAUGCAGGCCGCCAUCGCAGCCAUGCAGCGCUUCUACCGCAUCCCCGUCACCGGCAUCCUGGACCAGGCCACCAUCGAGUGGAUGAGGAGACCACGGUGCGGGGUGAGUGACCAGCCGCGGAUCAGCCGCAGACAGCGGAGCAAACGCUACGCCCUGACUGGCCAGAAGUGGAGACAGAAGCACAUCACCUACAGCAUCAACAACUUCACGCCCAAGGUUGGCGAGGGUGAGACACGUCGGGCGAUCGGCCGUGCCUUCCAGGUGUGGCAGGAUGUGACCCCGCUGAGCUUCCAGGAGGUUCCCUUUCACGAUAUCAAGAGUGGCAAGAAGGAAGCAGACAUUAUGAUCUUCUUUGCGUCUGGUUUCCACGGCGACAGCUCCCCAUUCGAUGGGGAGGGGGGGUUUCCUGGCACACACAUUCGGUCCGUCAUGUCUCCCAUGUUCAGCGGGGCCAUUGACAUCACCCGGGAUGCGCACCGGUUCCAGUCUCAGUGCCAGCGUUCUGUUCGGCAGCUGGGCCCACGAGUUCUGGCCCUGGGACAUGACCAGCUGGCCUCAAUUCGCGGGCGCAUCGCAUCAGCAACACUACGGCAUAAACUGCGCUCCACUUGCUCCCAUGCGGUCUUCCUGCAGGACAGCAACAAGAAACUGGUGGACUUGUGUGCAAGAUGUGGUGCUUCCCUCCAACUGAUCAGCCCCUGUGUCCGUGAGACGCUCCCUGUGCAUGAUGGUGAAAAUCUCGCUGGCAGCAGCGGGGCCAACAAUGCAUCACUGGGGCCGUGGGGAGCGGGAUACGGAGAGACUGGCGGCUGGGCCCCGAGCGAGCCUUGUAACGACCUGUUCCUGGUUGCGGUGCAUGAGCUGGGCCAUGCGCUGGGGCUGGAGCACUCCAAUGACCCGAGUGCCAUCAUGGCCCCCUUCUACCAGUACAUGGACACAGAGAAGUUCAAGCUGCCGCAGGACGACCUGCAGGGCAUCCAGAAGAUCUACGGCCCACCCACCGAGAGACUGGCUCCCACCCGGCCACUGCCCACCCUCACGGUCCGCAGGAUCCACUCCACGUCCGACCGCAAGCACGAGCGGCAGCCCCGGCCCCCCAGACCGCCCUCCGGAGAGAGACCCUCCUACCCUGGCUCCAAGCCCAACAUCUGCGAUGGACACUUCAACACCAUCGCCUUGUUCCGGGGAGAGAUGUUCGUGUUCAAGGAUCGCUGGUUCUGGCGCCUGCGCAACAAGCGUGUGCAGGAGGGGUACCCCAUGCAGAUCGACCAGUUCUGGAAAGGUCUGCCCACUCGCAUCGACGCUGCCUACGAGCGCUCCGACGGCAAGUUUGUCUUCUUUAAAGGUGAGGGGGACAAGUACUGGGUGUUCAAGGAGGUGACGGCAGAGCCGGGCUACCCCCACGGGCUGCUGCAGCUGGGCAAGGGGCUGCCGCGGGAAGGCAUCGACACCGCCCUGCGCUGGGAACCCGCUGGCAAGACCUACUUCUUCAAAGGAAACAAGUACUGGAGGUACAAUGAGGAGAACCAGGCGUCGGACCCCGGCUACCCCAAACCCAUCACUAUCUGGAAGGGGAUCCCCGAGGCCCCGCAGGGAGCCUUCAUCAGCAAGGAAGGAACCUACACGUACUUUUACAAGGGCAAGCAGUACUGGAAAUUUGACAACCAGCGGCUGGUGGUGGAGCCGGGAUAUCCCCGCUCCAUAGUCCGGGACUGGAUGGGCUGCAACGCCAAAGACGGGGACUCGAACCGUGACCGGCACCGGCCGAGUGACGAUGUGGACAUCAUGGUGCAGAUCAACGACGUGCCCAGCACGGUGAACGCCAUUGCCGUGGUCAUCCCCUGCAUCCUCUCCCUCUGCAUCCUCGUGCUGGUCUACACCAUCUUCCAGUUCAAGCAGAAAGGCUCCCAGCAGAACCUGGUGGUCAGCAAGCGCUCGGUGCAGGAGUGGGUGUGAGGGGCUGGUUCACCAGCGCUGUUUGUCCAUGAGGCUGGGCUCUUCCGUCCGGGGGAAGGAUAACUGGAGAGGCUGGAAUGUGAACCCUGUCGUACGUGGUGUAUCCACUGGUGAACUGGGAGUUGCCACCGCACAUCGUUCCUGCAAUGCCUCAUUCAUGUCUGUGAUGUGCCAUUUUGUCAGCCCAGCCUGUGUACGUAUACCCAUACGUCGGACCUCAGCAAAGAAGGGCAGAGACGGAGAGGACACUGGGCGAGCAACUCCUCAUUCUGCAGUGUUGAACAGUGACUUAUUUGGCCAAUACUCACACCAAGACACAUCCUUUUAACUCAAAGCAUCUUUGAACAGAGACAUUGAACAAGCAGAGGUGUUAUUGGUGGUGAGAGAAGCAGGACAUCUAAAGCCAAACGGACAAAGAUCUUAAUGUACUAGUGUCAUUUUAUUACACAAUACAUGCAACAGAGAGAAGGGAACGAACAUGGCUUUGUUCAUCUACAGGGGAUUCAAAUAUUUCAAUGUAUUUUGAAAUAAGUGGGGGCCAAAAUAUCUACAAUAGUUAAACAGCCUUAAAACAUUUUUUUGUUAGUUGUUUGGUCAAGUCUUGAAUGUCCACAUUACUGAGUCUUUGUGAAUCUUCAUCAGUGUCAUUUCUGAAGCUGUGAGGGUGACUGGCGUUGGAAGCGGCUGUGACUUGGGCACCAGGACCAAGCAUGUUUGAAAAGUGUUAGCCUUGCCUGCCUGGUGUAGCGUUGGCCCAGACCCAGCCUGCCUGCCACAGGUCAGUAUCCUCGUCACUCAGCCACCACCGCCACAGGGGAAGCUGGUGACUUGGGAGUGAGCAGGAGAUGGGUCUGUGCUGAAGUUUGCAGUAUUAUCGGUAACCAUGUCAGGUUGCAUGGGCUUUGAGAUGUUGCCCUGGGCACCAGGUGUUGGGAGGUGGUGUUGGGAGGCUUUGGGAAUGCAGCAGCGUUCCGGUGUGUGGGAAUCUCCUUGUGCACGGCUGCACCAAUCCCUUUGUUUUGUUUACACUAAUUGGAAAAUCUGAGCCAAUUUCAUGCGACAUUUGUUCCCAUGACUGAGAUUACUGGGCCACGUUUGGAGCCGGUGGGCAGUUUGCAGCAGCUUUAGUUAUGUGGCACGGGUCUCGCACAUUAGUAACUGGCGGAUGAGCUGGUUUAAGGAUGAAGUGAGGGCAGGAAGCCAUCACUGCCCACCCACCCACUGUUGUUGGUUUGUCAGGUGUGAUUCACGGUGCCCUGGGCUCACGGCCACACCUGUACUGGGGGCAGGUGAUGGCUGGUGUCAGAGGGGUGAACCAGGGGUCGCCCCUGGUCUCUGCUGCCCUUGGUCGCUGGGGAGCCUGGUCACUCUGUCCACCUUCAACAGCUGAACCUGUUCAACUCCACAACUCGGUGAAAAUGUAGUCAAAGUUUGGAACCUCCCCAACUCCAUGGGGAGUGACAUGAGCAGAGACCGUGGCUGGAGGGGUGCUGAGGAGUUCCUUUAUGCUUUUGGGUGGAACGUUGAGUCUUAUGGGACUGAGUCCUGUUAUCGGGACUGAGGUAGGAGACCUUGGUUGGGUUGUAUAGUCUGCUGUAACUAUUGAGGAACGGUGAAACAUUAACUGACCCAUUCGUCUGUAACUACAUACACCAGGCACCAUUUGACCAGUUGACAGGUCGGCCUCUCCAUAACGCAAUGCCUUCCAUCUUUAGUUGGUGCACUGAAUGAUUCUGCUCCCAAUCGCACUCCACCAACACCAAUAAUCAGGUUCAAUGUCCGCGGUUUCUCCCUGUUACCCACAGUCUGAUGUUGCUACAAAGUGCAUAUCCAAUUAUGGGCUAGAGCUGAGUUUUUUUGGAUUGUUCAUUUUUUAAGUGCUAUUUAUUAAUAUAAAUUCAUAUUUCAUUGGUGGUGCAGUUCUGUCCCAUACACUCGGCUAGCAGCUAGCGUUGUGGGCGGGACGGCUGCUAAAGUUGAUGCAUCCAGCCAAGUGGUGGCUGGCCAGCCAGACUGGCCUGGUGUGGAAGGGAUGUGAUUUCUCCGCAAUGUUUCACGCUGCAGUCUGCAUUGUUGGAAUCAUUGAGUGUGAACUGAGCGACGCUUUGUACAGAUGUAAAUGUUGAUAAAAGAUGUAGAAAUUCUUUGUAAAGUUUAACAAAAAACCACCGAAA